AUGGCACUUAGAACAGCGCACUUUGAAAAAGAACACCAGAACACUCUUGCGAAAACAGCACAGAUUCUAAACGCCGAGGACACCCGCUUAAAACGUGUGGAGUACCUAUUGGUGCAGUUCGAGAAUGAAAACCUGCGAUGGCAGCUGGAUCAGGUCAACUUGGACUUGGCUAAAGCUUUAAACGGUGAAUCUGAGGCCCGUCGCGACUUCGGUAUAGCUUGUGAUGAGAUUGAUAAUCUGCGAGCUACAUCGCGUGGUUUAUCUAAUGAAAUAAAGAGCCUUCAGCUAGCUGCGGAUAAUGUUCGCCUUUCGAAAGAGCUGAGGAGUAUGCAGUCAGAGAUGGAAAAUCUCAAAGCCCAAAACUCUUCUUCUCAAGCCUUCUUUCUGGAGAAAAAAUCUCUUGAGCGGCAAUUCCAUUCGCUCGAGCUGGAAUUGGAGAGUGAAAAAAGUGCGCACAAACGUACGCUUGCUCGAGAAUCGCAGCAGGGCAAAGAGAUUGGAGCACUUAAUUCACUGCUCGAGGAAGAACGCAAGAGACGUGCAGAAGAGGAGCGGACGCAAAGUCACCGGAAGCUUAAUAUCCACCAACAGGGCCCUGAACGGGCAGCACAGGAGCCUGUGCUGGAGGAGAAGGGGGUUCUAGGCAGGAAUCAAGCCUCAGCAAAAGGCCGCCCCAAAGCAACUUUGAAUGGCAACCAGUGGCCGCGUCACAGCUCGAAUGCAAAGGAUUCUGGUAAUCAUACCACUCAGUCACGAAUGAACUUUGCUCAGCAAGCAGCCUCACAUUUCAACCCUGAGCUUACAAUCGCCACACCUGGGGCAUUCAAUAGUCGAGACAAGAAAAAGAAAGCAUCCGCAUUACCCGGAGAUAAAUCGUCCUUUUCAAUCACGCCCUUUCUUAACCGUACAAAUGGACCCCAAGAAUCGCCAAUUAGUUCCGAUGGUACGGAUGAGCUUUAUACGGGGCAAGCUGAUGAGGGAACAGAUGGUUCCUCUUUUAAUACCGGUUUGGUUAAUAACAACAUGGAUUCUCAACCUGAAGAUCAGAUUGCACCCGAGAAACUCGGUCCCCAGCCCAUGGUAAAACAACCUUUCGAACCGAGCACGCCCACCGCCGGUAUCAGCCGAAAAGGCAACCAUAAACUGUUUAGCAAGACGGCUCAAGAGGAUCGAACCAAAGCAGCUGGUGCUGUAGUCAAUAAUUUACUCACCCAGGGGCAGUGGAAAUCGAAAAAGCGUAAAUUAGGCGCUCAGCGUGAAAAGAGUUUAUUUGAUGGAGAGGACGAAGACGAUGAGCUACAUGAUGUGAGAAAGCCAGGUCGUAGGAUUGAUUCUGGUAGCACUAUCCGCGGUCUUGCUUCCAGUGGGUUUAGGGAAUUCUCUCCGUUGAAACGGGAUAGAAAAAGACUAUAA